CCCUGCAAAGCCCAUCAAUCAUCAAUUAUUAAAAUGCAAGAACCGACCUAUGACCCGAGCCGGCCCAAGUCAACCCUGAGCAUAGUUUACGCCUACAAGCUCGUCAACUGUCCCGGCAAGACAAUCGUUGGGUUACUCUCUGCCUAUGUCCUCCGCGGCACGGUGCUCAACAAAAUGAACGACGACCCGAUGAAGGUUAUCGAGGCGGGAGGCACCUGGUAUGAAGCUCCGGGUUGCCAUCACCGCAUCAGUGACAACGCUAGUGCGACUGAGCCGGCCACCCUGAUGGUGGCCAUGGUCCUAGACUCGGAUGUGUAUGACCGUGAUGGGGUGGCAGCGCUGAUCCAGAUCGAUGUGGAGUAUCGGUAAAUUGAAACAACGAGAAAGUCUAGGUACGCUAGGAGAAAGUAGAGCUAUCACACAUCUUGGACAUGGGGAAGUUUACAGAAGAAAUUUACAGAUUUUGUCAUUGCUAAACAUGUCAAUACUGGCACCCACCGGUGGUAUACCGUAUGAUGUAGUCCACCUAGAACAAGCUUCUAAUCACAUUUCUUCCUCUCCGA